CCCUCCCUCCCUUCCUCUCCUCGGCCCGGGCCGGGCCCGCUCCGGACCGACCGCUCAGCUCAGCCCCUCAUCCCCUCCGCCUUCAUGCCGACGCCCGGAGGACCAGCCGGAGGGGAGCCCGGGCCAGCCUCGUCCGGGCCGGGCAGGGCAAGGGGGAGCUGAGCAGUGAAUAGGAUGGCCCCCGGGGUCGAUUGCCCCAUGGAACUCUGGUCCAAGGAGGAAAACCAGGUGCUGGUGGAUUUCCUGCUACCCACUGGAGUCUACCUGAACUUUCCCGUCUCCCGCAAUGCCAACCUCAGCAGCAUCAAGGAGAUCCUGUGGCGCCAAGCGAAGCGUGAGCCGCUGUUCCACAUGCUCAGCGACCCCGAAGCCUACGUCUUCACCUGCAUCAACCAGACGGCAGAGCAGCAGGAGCUGGAGGACGAGCAGCGGCGGCUCUGCGACAUCCAGCCCUUCCUGCCCUUCCUGCGCCUGGUGGCCCGGGAGGGCGACCGUGCCAAGAAGCUCAUUAACUCCCAGAUCAGCCUUCUCAUUGGCAAAGGCCUCCACGAGUUUGACUCCCUCCGCGACCCGGAAGUGAACGAUUUCCGCUCCAAGAUGCGUCUGUUCUGCGAGGAGACGGCAGCCCAGCGGCAACAGCUGGACUGGGAGGCCUGGAUGCGGUACAACUUUCCCCUACAGCUGGAGCCCUUGGCCGUGGCCCGGAGUCCCGAAUCCCUGCCCCUCACCAAGACCCUCUUGGUCGUCGUCAAGUUCGAGGGCAAUGAGGAGAGCUUCACCAUCCAGGUGUCCCCCAAGGACAUCCCUCUGGUGCUGAUGGCCAGUGCGCUCAAGAAGAAGGCCACGGUGUUCCGGCAUCCAGCCGUGGAGCGACCCGAGGACUACACCCUACAGGUGAACGGGAAGUAUGAGUACCUGUAUGGGAACUACCCCCUCUACCAGUUCCAGUAUGUCUGCAGCUGCCUGCACGAGGGGUAUACCCCCCACCUGACCAUGGUUCACUGCUCCUCCAUCGUCGCCAUGCGGGACGAGCAGAGCCAUGGCUCUGCCCAGGUCCCCAAGCUCCGCCCCAAGCCGCCCCCCAUCCCCUUGAAGAAGCCGGCCUCAGUGGCCCUCUGGUCCCUGGAGCAGCCAUUCUGGGUGGAGCUGGUCCAGGGCAGCAAGGUGAACGCGGACGAGAGGAUGAAGUUGGUGGUCCAGGCCGGCCUCUUCCAUGGGAACGAAAUGCUUUGCAAGAUGGUGUCGAGCUCGGAGGUGAAUGUGUGCUCGGAGCCCGUGUGGAAGCAGCGGCUGGAGUUCGACAUCAACGUCUGCGACCUGCCACGCAUGGCGCGGCUCUGCUUCGCCCUCUACGCCGUCAUCGAGAAGGCCAAGAAGGCCCGCUCGACCAAGAAGAAGUCCAAGAAGGCCGAUUGCCCCAUCGCUUGGGCCAACAUCAUGCUGUUCGACUACAAGGACCAGCUGAAGUCGGGGGAGUGCUGCCUGUACAUGUGGUCCUCGGUGCCGGAUGAGAAGGGGGAGUUACUGAACCCCACGGGCACCGUGAGAAGUAACCCCAACACCGAGAGUGCGGCCGCUCUCGUCAUCUGCAUCCCCGAGGUGGCUCCGCAUCCCGUCUACUACCCAGCCCUGGAGAGGAUCCUGGAGCUGGGGAAGAACGGGGAGCACGCUCGGUCCACAGAGGAGGAGCAGCAGCAGCUGAAGGAGAUCCUGGACCGGAAGCUGUCGGGGGAGCUGUACGAGCACGAAAAGGACCUUGUGUGGAAGAUGCGGCAUGAGAUCCAGGAGCAGUUCCCCGAGGCGCUGGCCCGCCUGCUGCUGGUCACCAAAUGGAACAAGCAUGAGGAUGUGGCCCAGAUGCUCUUCCUGCUCCGCUCUUGGCCCGAGCUGCCAGUCCUGAGUGCCCUGGAGCUGCUGGAUUUCAGCUUCCCAGACCGCCACGUGGGCUCUUUCGCCAUCAAGUCCCUGCGGAAACUGACGGACGACGAGCUGUUCCAGUACCUGCUGCAGCUGGUGCAGGUGCUCAAAUACGAGUCGUACCUGGACUGCGAGCUGACCAAGUUCCUCCUGGACCGGGCCUUGACCAACCGCAAGAUCGGCCACUUCCUCUUCUGGCAUCUCCGGUCGGAGAUGCACGUCCCGUCGGUGGCCCUGCGGUUCGGGCUCAUCAUGGAGGCAUACUGCCGCGGCAGCAACCACCACAUGAAGGUGUUGAUGAAGCAGGGUGAAGCGCUCAACAAAAUGAAAUCGCUGAACGACUAUGUCAAAGUGAACUCCCAGAAGACCCCCAAGCCCCAGGCCAAGGAGCUGAUGCACACAUGCAUGCGACAGGAGACGGUCCUGGAGGCGCUCUCCAACCUGCAGUCCCCACUCAACCCCAGUACCUUACUGGCUGACGUCUGUGUGGAGCAGUGUACCUUCAUGGACUCCAAGAUGAAGCCGCUGUGGAUCGUGUACAGCAAUGAGGAGGUGACAGGGAGCAGCAGCGUGGGCAUCAUCUUUAAGAACGGUGAUGACCUCCGGCAGGACAUGCUGACCCUGCAGAUGAUCCAGCUGAUGGACGUGCUGUGGAAGCAGGAGGGGCUGGAUCUGAGGAUGACGCCCUAUGGCUGCCUGUCCACGGGUGACCGGACGGGGCUCAUCGAGGUGGUGCUGCGCUCGGAUACCAUCGCCAACAUCCAGCUCAACAAGAGCAACAUGGCCGCCACAGCCGCCUUCAACAAAGACGCACUGCUCAACUGGCUCAAGUCCAAGAACCCAGGGGAUGCUCUGGAGCGUGCCAUCGAGGAGUUCACGCUCUCCUGCGCCGGCUAUUGCGUGGCCACCUACGUGCUGGGCAUCGGGGACCGGCACAGCGACAACAUCAUGAUCCGGGAGACCGGGCAGCUGUUCCACAUUGAUUUUGGCCACUUCCUGGGGAAUUUCAAGACCAAGUUUGGAAUCAACCGGGAGCGUGUCCCCUUCAUCCUCACCUACGACUUUGUGCACGUGAUCCAGCAGGGGAGGACCAACAACAGCGAGAAGUUCGAAAGGUUCCGCGAUUACUGCGAACGGGCCUAUACCAUCCUGCGCCGCCACGGCCUGCUCUUCCUCCACCUCUUUGCACUGAUGCGGGCGGCCGGCCUGCCCGAGCUCAGCUGCUCCAAGGACAUACAGUAUCUCAAGGACUCCUUGGCUUUGGGAAAGACGGACGAUGAGGCACUGAAGCACUUCCGAGUGAAGUUCAACGAAGCGUUGCGGGAGAGCUGGAAAACCAAAGUGAACUGGUUGGCCCACAACGUCUCCAAAGACAACAGGCAGUAGCAGACCCUCCCUGUCCCCGACCCCAGCACGGCCACCGUUCCCGGUAAACAGCCCCGACCUCCUUCCUCCCGGAGACGGCCGAGGCCCUGCCCUCCCCCCCCGCCCGCCGGGGCGUGGGACCCCCCGGCCGUGGGAGCGGAGCUGGGGGCACGCGGCGAGGAACUUACCCAGUUGCUGUUUGUUUACACUGAAAAGAAAUCCCUGCAGUUAUUUAUUUAUGACCUAGACCCCUAAGGGCCGAAGACCAGCCACCCUUGGCGACGUCUCCAUGGGACCAAACGCAGGUGGAGGCUGGAAGCGGCAUCGCUGGGCAGGAGAGGGAAGUCGCUUCCUGGCCCCGUGCGGGGAAAGGGCCGGGGAGCAUGGUGGUGGUGGUGUGAGAACCACUGAAGGCUGCUGCUGUGAGCAAGGACCGUGGGGUGUUUGCCCCCGCACCACUCGAGUCUUCCCGGAGGCUGAUCCUGGGAACGUCGGCGACGGCUCCAUCCUGGGCUCCGGUGGCGCUGCCAGCAGCCUCACCGCCCUCAGGGUCUCCUCCCUCUCCCCGCCUCCCACUUCCUCCACACCUGGCCGGCGUCGCUGCCAGGGCUCUUCGGUGGCAGGGUGGAAAGGGGCAGGUACCCUCUCCACCCCCUGCUGCACACGUGCACUAUCUGGUAGCUGCUAGUACCUAGGCCAAGCCCGGAGGCUCUCACUGUGCAUUCAGGGCUGCUCGUUGGGGCUCUCCCCCAC